UUUAAGGAGUUGGGUAAUGUUUUGAAAGUCUUUUAGUGCUGAUUAGAUAUUGCUGCAGUUGUUGACUUCCUACCUUUUUUUUGCAUUCUAGUUUGGUCCGUUUUCAGUGGGUGAUUUGUGAGUGUGUUUCCAUUUUAUUGAGUCUGGUAGAUUUUUUUUUUUUUUUUUUUUUUCAUUGAGUUUGAAUCCGUUUAAGUGAGUGGGUUACUGCUUUAGUUGUAUUUUUAUUUAUUUUGUUUUCAUUAGAGUCGCAGUGAGUGAGUUGUUGGUGUGUUGACAUUGUAUUGUGUGUGGGAGAUCGGUGUAGUUAACUUUUCCAGGUUGUUUAAUUGAGUUUUAUCGCUGUUGAGUGCUGAAGUAACAAAUUCAUAGCACCGAUUUUGAUUGAAUUGUCAUUGUGCUGUUGGCAACUUUGUACUGACGUACCACAGUCACCAAUUUGCAAGUCAAUUCGAGUUAUGUCGACUAAGGUAAGACUUUUUAAGAUAUUUACCAUCGUCAUUAUAUAACAAAGUUAUAGCCUAUUUUGAUUAAACGUUGAAAUAGCCUCUUACUGGUUUUAAUAUUUUUACAUUUUUCAGUAUUAACUAAUACCACGUUUGGUGCUGCUUGUCUUGUUAAUGUUCAUUAGGUAAUUAACCUAUGUACUGCCCAUCGUAACAUCAUAUCGGGUUGACGUCUAAACAUAUAUAUCGAAAUGUGAUGAAUCAAAAAAAUGGAUUAUAGUUAUUUAUUUAAAAUGUAGGCCUACAUGCAAGCUCUUAUAGCUUACUGUUUAUUCUUAAUAUUUUUUUUUUUCUUCUUACAGAAAGGGCGAGUAUGGUAUGUGUGGUACAAACUGCGGGCUACGGUCCGUAUGGUGCAGUCGAUGUAAGUAUUGGCAUUACGCCCGAUGCAAAAAACUCUGAUCGUGAUCUGGAAACCCUCGCAAGUAUUCCCAUGGAACACACUUGCUCAACGUGCUGUGAUGAACCGUACAGCUAUGCAGCACUAGGCAGACUGGGGUCUGCAAAAAGUAAAUGUGUCCUAAGUGUAAAGAUGGAAAAGAUACUUAUGAGAAACGAUCAAUUGGCAAGGGAACCCUUUGAUGCGCGCCAAACCAUUGCUGACGGAAGGCGGAAGACGUUUUGGCAAGAUUUUAUCCCCAGUGGAAAAUGUCUAGCGGUUCGUGGCGACGGGAAUUGCUUAUUCAACGCACUUUCAGUGGCUCUCUAUGGACACGAGGCUAGAAGUACCGAAAUUCGAGUCAGGACUAUCAUAGAAAUGGAGGAAAAUCGCGCAGCGUAUUUGCAUACGCCCGCCAACUGUCGACUGCACUUAGUUUCACCUUGGUGUCCCAAGGUAUGCUGAAUAGACGGCAAAGGAAAAAUGGGAAACUUAAGGCUCUGCAUGACUUAUGGAUGUUAUACUUUAAUGGACAAUUAAAAACAGAAAAAUAUCUCAAUCUAUGUGCUGAAGCAUGUGAUGAUUGAAUCUAUUUACGAACAGAAUAAUUAUUAUGAUGAGCAGAAACAAAAGGAAAUAAAGACCAAACCAGUAUAAGUUUGUCCUCAUACUGUAGUUCUUAUGUGAUGUAGUUGAUCCAAAUUCAAAUUAUACUUCAUUCCCUUAAAAUGACAUUUUGUUGCCUCGAAAUGAAUAUAGUAAUACAAUUUGCGCCGACGAUGGCACUGUGGGAGUAUCAUUAUACAAAUACUACAGUAUUUCAUUCCAUGAAAUAAUAUUUUUAGGUACGAAAUGUUAUUGAAGGAAUAAAAUAACAUUACAAGGGAACGUAAUGUUAUUUCGAGGGAACAAAAUAUAGGCUGCUAUUGAAUGAUCAUCAUUUAAAUUGGCCCAUAUCUCAACCUUGUUUGGGAUUACAGCUGUGUCAUCUUAAGACAGGAUUUUAAACACGCAAUAAGACAUCAAUGAAAUAACACUAACGUACACUGAAUUAUACUACAUAAUACCGUACAUUCUAUUUAAUAUUUGU